AGUGAAGAGCUAAAGAUGGCCCUGGAAAACCGUUUCCAGUUGAGGUCAGUUUGCAAUACCAGAGCUACUGUGAUACAGAGCAACCAUUGUCUUUUUUCAUCUGUUGAGAAGUCUCAUUUGCCGACAUUUCGAGGGUUGAACAAACACAAUCUCUCAUUCUCCUCAUCUUUUGCUCAAUCAUUCAAUGGCAGAUGCCAAAAAUCCAGGCUCAUCUGCAAAGCUCGUGAAGCUGUUGAUCAAGUUGAAGCGGUGACAGAAGCAAACUGGAAAGAGCUUGUGUUGGGGAGUGAAGCUCCAGUUCUGGUGGAGUUUUGGGCACCAUGGUGUGGACCCUGCCGCAUGAUCGAGCCGGUGAUUGCCGACUUAGCAAAAGAGUACACUGGGAAGAUAGCUUGUUACAAGCUCAACACCGAUGAAAGCCCCAACAUUGCCACACAGUUUGGGAUCAGGAGCAUUCCCACCAUGCUGUUUUUCAAGAAUGGGGAGAAGAAAGAGAGCAUCAUCGGUGCAGUGCCCAAGUCUACCUUGGCUGCUAGCAUUGACAAAUAUAUUGAUACUUGAAACAGAUAAAUGGUAAGGGAACUAUGUUCAUGCACUGCUAGUUUUUACAUUUGAUUCAUUCAACUUACCUACCUACGAGCAUUUUCU